AUAUAUACAGUCCAUAAACGACAUAUCUAGAUAUUGGCUAAAAUCAUUCGCUCAAAAUUAUAGUGGGAUCACUCGGAAUGAAAACAGCUGCAUGGGCUUUCUCAUCACCGCUGGCCUGUUGAUUUUAAUAUAAACAAAACUGAUCUUUCCACUGCGACUUACACCAGACAUUGAGAAGCAAAUUGAGAGCAUCUCCAUCAACAUGGAAAACGAUGUACAGCCACCAAUGGAAAACCAGUCUUCCAUGGCUUUCCUUGGGACUGAUCAUCGGCGCAGCUCCAUGAUAAGCAGCUAUAGUGUUAUCUCAGACGUUGAAAUGGCUCGCAAUGAGAUAUAUGAUGGGCCGAUGUCAGAGAGUAUCCCUUCCAGCGUGGUUUCAUUUUCUCACCGUCGGAAUCGGAGAGACUCUACCACAAGCUUCACUUAUUUUCAAGAAGAUGAAGAUCACAUGGAGUGGCCAAAUGAAGCUGCCGAGAGCGAUAUUGACGACAUGCCCGAACUUGGAGUUAGCGUGACGAAUGAGUCUAUCAGAUCUUCUAAACGUCCAUCUUACUCUAGAGAUUCUGCUGAAGAUCCUCUCCUGCAGCGGUCGCUAUCAGCCUCUUCUUAUGUCCAAGGCUAUAGAAGCGACAGAAGAGUAAGCCAGAAAGUCCAUAUCGUCUCAGAAGACCUAACCAUCGUUGUUGCGGGGUUUUCGACGAGCCUCGCUGGCAUGGUAUUGUAUUAUUCAUUAUGUUUGUUAUCAUUCGGGCUCUUUUAUCUUCUAUUUCGGUGGUUUCCGAGGUACCGAGUCCGCUUGUUGGGGAACCCGGCCCCUCUUCAAGUGUGUCAAUGGGUCGCAGUUGAGGAUCAAUGGAAUCAAUUUGGCAUUCACACGGUUCAUAAUGAAGAUUACGGCCGUCCCCUUUCAACAGUCUUUACUGACCCCGAAUACCACAUGUUCGACGAAGACAACGAUCCCACUAUUUCGAAAUUGCGGUACAUCGACUAUAGAUAUCUCCGGCUCUUCUACCACCCCGUUGAAGACAAAUUCUGUUUAGUUAACGGCUGGAAAGACCCUUUUUGGACGAACGCGAAAGGAAUGAGAGCUGGACUCGAUGCCGAUGAUCGUGAUAGCCGCGAACAGGUGUUUGGAAAAAACCUCAUUGAUAUCCAACAAAAGCCCAUUCUUCAACUUCUUAUGGAUGAGGCUUUUCACCCAUUCUAUAUUUUCCAGCUUGCCAGUCUCGUCCUUUGGUCACUCGAUCAGUAUUAUUAUUAUGCAGUCUGCAUAUUCCUCAUCUCCGUUAUUAGUAUAAGUGCUACUAUAAUCGAGACCAAAGCGACUAUGAAUCGCUUAAGACAAAUUUCAUUAUUUGAAUGUGAUAUACGUGUGCUAAGAAAUGGAUUCUGGAGAUCUGUUCCUUCUCGGGAACUUGUUCCUGGUGAUGUUUUUGAAUUCUCUGACCCCUCAUUAAAUCAUGUUCCUUGUGACUGUAUAUUACUCUCUGGGGACUGUAUCGUGAAUGAGAGCAUGCUCACAGGUGAAUCUGUUCCCGUUUCCAAAGUACCGUUAACGGACGAUGCUCUCAAAUACCUGAACUUGAGUGCCCCCUCAGUUCACCCCGUUCUUGCAAAACAUUUCUUAUUCAGUGGCACAAAGGUAAUCCGGGCACGUCGUCCACAAGCCGUUGACGAUGAAGCCAUUGCUUUGGCAGUCGUUGUGAGAACAGGGUUUUUGACGACGAAAGGCGCCCUUGUUCGAUCUAUGCUUUUCCCAAAGCCUUCAGGAUUCAGUUUCUAUCGGGACUCGUUCCGUUAUAUAUCUGUUAUGGCUCUUAUUGCUAUUAUGGGCUUUGUGGCCUCAUUUGUUAAUUUCAUCCACCUUGGACUCUCAUGGCAUCUAAUCAUCGUCAGAGCACUCGACCUGAUCACGAUCGUGGUGCCUCCAGCUCUGCCAGCCACGCUAAGUAUUGGAACCAAUUUUGCUCUCUCACGACUGAAGGCGCAUAAGAUAUUUUGUAUCAGUCCACAAAGGGUCAAUGUUGGUGGAAAGCUAGAUGUGAUAUGUUUCGAUAAGACGGGAACCCUUACAGAAGAUGGCCUGGAUGUCCUUGGGGUGCGAGUUGUUGACGACAACAAAAGACUUUCAAAACUACUUCCUAAGCUUUGUCUCGAUUUCCCAACAUCAUCCCGUACAAAGAGCAUUCAAGGCGUGAGCAGGUAUAACAGCACUCUUUACACCAUGGCAACAUGUCACUCUUUGAGGGUUGUAGACGGUGAACUUCUAGGGGACCCUUUAGAUGUCAAGAUGUUUCAGUUCACUGGUUGGUCUUUUGAAGAGGGUGGGGGCCAUACUGAACAAUUGGAUUCUGAGACGAUAUUACCGUCGAUUGCAAGGCCACCCCUUCCUGCAGGCCAUGCUAGUGGUUAUGAGCAAACUAACUUGGAUGCACCAUUAGAACUCGGUAUUCUGCGUGGUUUUGAAUUUGUGUCACACCUUCGCCGAGCAAGUGUGAUUGUGCGGCGAUAUGGUGACAAUGGUGCUAGCACUUUCGUGAAAGGUGCACCGGAGAGCAUUAAAGCUAUAUGUCUUCCGGGGAGCUUACCACAUGAUUUUGACGACCUCCUAGGUCAUUACACCCAUAAAGGUUAUCGCGUCAUUGCUUGUGCGGCCAAAUAUGAGCCAAAAUUAAGCUGGAUGAGAGUCCAGAAAAUGACCCGUGGUGAUGCCGAGUGUGACUUGGAAUUCCUUGGCUUCAUCAUCUUUGAAAACAAACUGAAGCCAAAGACUACCGAGACGAUUUCUGAGCUAAACAAGGCAGGAAUACGCAACGUGAUGUGUACAGGUGAUAACAUACUCACUGCAGUCAGUGUUGCUCGCGAAUGUGGUCUGAUUAGUGGAGAGGAACAAUGUUUCGUUCCACGUUUCGUGCAAGGCCAUCCACAGGAUCAUGGCUCCGAUGCUUCUCUUUGCUGGGAAAGUGUAGAUAACCCAGCAUGGAACCUUAACCCGAGCACUCUCAUGCCUUUGUUGAAUUCGACGGCAGUCGAUUUGUCUAUACCAGGCAAUGUUUGCAAUCUUCGCAAUUAUUCCCUUGCCGUUAGUGGCGAUGUGUUCCGGUGGAUCGUGGAUUUUGGAAGCGAAACACUCAUAAAGAGGAUGCUUGUGCGUGGCAAGGUAUUUGCGAGAAUGUCACCCGACGAGAAACACGAGCUUGUAGAAAAACUUCAAUCCCUUGACUACUGCUGUGGAUUCUGUGGUGAUGGUGCCAAUGACUGUGGGGCGUUGAAAGCCGCAGAUGUCGGCGUUUCUUUAUCAGAUGCCGAAGCUUCAGUUGCUGCUCCAUUCACGAGCCGUCGCUUUGACAUAUCUUGUGUUCCAACGCUCAUUAGGGAAGGUCGCGGUGCCUUGGUCACAAGCUUUUGCUGCUUCAAGUAUAUGAGCCUUUAUUCGGCAAUUCAGUUUUCGACUGUCAGUUUCUUAUAUGCAUCGGCGUCAAAUCUUGGAGACUUCCAGUUCCUCUUUAUUGACCUGUGCCUGAUAUUACCAAUCGCCAUUUUCAUGGGAUGGACCAACCCGUACCCUGUGCUCUCGCAAAAACGACCAACUGCCGACCUUGUAUCACGCAAAGUCUUGGUUCCGCUACUAGGCCAAAUUGCAAUAUGUGUUUUCACCCAGCUCGUGGCUUUUCAAACCGUCCAACUACAACCAUGGUUCCAACCUCCUCGGAUAGAUCUAGAGGAAAGCAAUAUCGAAAAUUCCGAAAACACGGUGCUUUUCCUGGUUUCUAGUUUCCAAUACAUAUUAUCAAGCGUUGUUCUUAGCGUUGGGCCGCCUUUCCGAAAACCGAUGAGCUCUAAUAAACCAUUCCUCUCUAUGAUAAUUGUGGACCUAAUAAUCUCUUGCUACAUGCUUUUCAAACCAUCACAAUGGCUGGAACAAUUUAUGCAAUUGACAUACCUGCCCAACAAUUUCGCGUGCUGGCUGUUGGCACUCGCUCUUGUGGGCUUCUUGUUCUCUUGGUUGGCAGAAAGACUGUUCUUCCCUAGAUUGGCACGUGCUCUAGGGCGCGUGUACACAGCGUUGCGGGCAGGUCAUCCCAAAAAGCGCCGGCAGUACAAGGUACUACUCGAGGAAAUGCAAGGGUAGAUGGAUGUCCAUAUUAUAUACUAAUGCAAAGAAAUUUGUCCACUGCCAUCUGUACGUUUAAUUGUUUCAAACAUCCGUGAUGGCGACUACAGUUUGAUUUGUUUUCAUUGGUUCCUUGAGUGACGACAUGAAUAGCGUGUCUUUUCUGUUUUAACUUUCUUGAGGUAUAGAGAAGAACCCUCUAAGGAAAUCAAAACUCUUCCACUCUUGACACC